UAUAAAAGCUGGAUAUACCAACCCCGGCGGUUGUAUUUUGAAGAUCGCACGCGGAGAAGGACCUUCGCAAUGUACCGAGUCAUCCUCGCAACACUUCUCUACACGAGCGCGGUGAGCUCCGCGCCGCAGGACUCCAACGUGACCUUCGUCAAAAUCCAACCAUUCACAAACAACGAAACACAGAACACCACUCUUGAAUCCAGAGUGGAUAACGUAUCGCCGACUAACAUAUCUUUUGAAAACCAUGAAUUCAAUAUCAAUGUCAGUAAUAAUGAAGUAACGACCGAAUUAGAGGAAAUCGCGACAGAGAUCAGUGACAUUAUAACUACAGAAGCAAUCACAACACAAAAAACAACAACAUCAACAACAACUACAACACAAAAACCUAAACUAACCCAAAGUCCCAGAUUCAUAUCAAAAUUAAGUCAUUUUAAAAAGACGAAUACUUUAAACGCGGUGUCUACGAAUGCGAUAAACACAUUUGCGAUCUCUCCCAAAGUGGACAAGCCGUAUAAAAGAAAGUUUAAAAGUCGAUGCAGGUGUGAGAAGAUCGAAAACUGUCCAAAGCUGCAAAUCACGGUGCCCAGGUGUCCUAAUGAAUACUUCUUGUGUUGUUUUUAAAUAUAACUAUUGGCAAUUAAACUUAUUUAAAUAUUUCUCA